AUGCUCAUGUAUUUUAAUAGAAUGAACUUCUAAUUAAAAGUGAUAAAAGAAAAUUAAUUAACAAAUAAAUGUGAUAUUAAUAUAUAAUUGACAAUUCCAUUACAUGCUCAUAAAUAUGAUAAUCAAAUUGAUUUUACUACAGAACAUAAUAAACUAGUAACACAUGUCUAAAUAUAAAAACAAAUUUUCAAAGAUCACAUUGAAGAAUUCGUGAAUAAAUCAUUUUUUACUUUUAUUAUUGUUGCUGAGUGAAAUGUAUGCAAUAGAGGAUGAAAUGGUGAUGAUUUGAAAUAUUAAACAUUAAUUCAUUGCACUAAUCAAUAAAUCAAAGCAAGUGUUAUUUUGUGAUUAAAUAUCAGACUUAAGAAACUGAUAUUUUGAAUCAAUCACGGAGAGCCAACCAGUUAAAAAAGGAUUUUUAGAUUCAAUUAAACUACUUCAUAAAUGAUUACAAAGUAAACCUUAUGGAAGACAAUCAAUAAG